ACCUUUUUUUCUUCUUCUUCUUCUCCUUCUCCUCCGUCGUUUAUUAAUUCUCUCUCUCUCUCUCUUCUCUUUGCCAUCUUUAUCUCUCUGUCUUAUUUUUCAGUACUGUCUAAGAUCUUAUUCUGCUCGACCAAGUUUGUUCUUUUUAGCAUAAUUUUAGGGCUAUUUCCCCAUAAAUUCUUACUUUGUCUUGUUCUUGUGUCGGUUAGGUUUUCAAGAAAAACCCCCUUUUGUCUUGUCUCCUCAAAAUCAGUGGGUUCUUCUGUAUAAUAAAAGAGGGCUUAUUCAAAUCUUCUCUCUCUAGCCACUCUUUCUCUCUCUAUUCUUUCGAUAUAUAUAAGUAUAAACUCUUGGAUAUGAUCGGGAGAGCCUUGUUAUUAUCUCUGCACCUACACAAGACGCAUAAGAGAACUUAGAGAUCGAGAUGAACAAGAGUAAUCCUACUGGCUCCGUCACUGGUUCGGAUGUAAUUGACGCGAAGAUCGAAGAACAUCAACUUUGUGGAUCCAAGAAGUGUCCCAGCUGCGGCCAUAAGCUCGAAGGCAAGCCACAGGAUUGGGUUGGUUUACCAGCAGGAGUGAAAUUUGACCCAACGGAUCAAGAACUGAUAGAACAUUUAGAAGCAAAAGUCUUAGUUAAAGACAUUAAAUCUCACCCUCUCAUUGACGAAUUCAUCCCCACCAUUGAAGGCGAAGACGGCAUUUGCUACACUCAUCCGGAGAAACUUCCUGGAGUGACUAGAGAUGGCUUAAGCAGACACUUCUUUCAUAGACCAUCAAAGGCGUACACGACGGGAACAAGAAAGCGAAGAAAGAUUCAAACGGAAAGUGACAAUAAUAUCCAAGGAAGUAGUAGCUCCGGUGAGACGAGGUGGCAUAAGACCGGUAAGACAAGACCAGUUAUGGUAAACGGUAAGCAAAAAGGUUGUAAGAAGAUUUUGGUUUUGUAUACCAAUUUCGGUAAGAAUCGAAAACCAGAGAAAACCAAUUGGGUAAUGCAUCAAUAUCAUUUGGGGACACAUGAGGAAGAGAAAGAAGGAGAGCUUGUCGUGUCUAAGAUCUUUUAUCAGACUCAGCCUAGGCAAUGCAAUUGGUCGUCAUCUACAGCAAGCUUGAACGCUAUAAGCGGUGGAAGCGGUGGAGGCGGUGAAGCGAGUAGCGGCGGAGGCGGCGGAGAGUAUCAUAUGAGGAGAGAUAGUGGAACUACUAGUGGUGGGAGUUGUUCUUCGUCUAGAGAGAUUAUGAAUGUUAAUCCUUCAAAUCGAUCUGAUGAAGUAGUCGGCGUUGGUGGUGGCGCUAUGACCGUUGCGGCUGCAGCUGUUGCGGCUGGUCUUCCGAGUUAUGCAAUGGAUCAACUCAGCUUUUUUCCGUUCAUGAAGAGCUUCGAUGAGGUGGCAAGGAGGGAAACUACGACCGCGCAAGCUACAUGCGAGGAUGUUAUGGCAGAACAACAUCGUCAUCGUCAUCAUCGUCAUCAGGCAUCACCAUCAUCAACAUCACAUCAUGUGGCUCAUGAUCAUCACCAUCAACAACAACAACGGCAUCAUGCAUUCAACAUUAGCCAGCCUACACAUCCAAUAUCAACCAUCAUAUCUCCAUCUAGUUCCCUUCACCAUGCCUCCGUUAAUAUCCUUGACGAUAAUCCUUAUCAUGUUCAUAGAAUCUUGCUCCCCAAUGAAAAUUACCAGACACAACAACAACAACAGCAACGACAUCAAGAACGAGAAGAAGAACAUAAUGAUGGGAAGAUGGGAGGAAGGUCAGCUUCUGGAUUGGAAGAACUCAUAAUGGGCUGCACUUCUUCUACCAGUCAUCAUGAUGUAAAAGAUGGAUCACCAUCAAUGGGGAACCAACAAGAGUCAGAAUGGUUGAAGUACUCAACGUUUUGGCCAGCCCCUGACUCUUCUGACAAUCAAGAUCAUCAUGGGUAAUUGUGCCAUUUUCCAAUCUGAUGAUUAUGACACACAUCACAAAAAGUUGUUAUCAUGGUCAUUGUCGUCGUAGUCAUCAUCAUCAUCAUGAUACAUCUCCAUGGAAAAUGGUAUAUCGAUCGAUCUUGGACAAACCCAGUUAUAUAUGCAUGCAUGAUUUUGACAUGGUGAAGGGUUUUUAAGCACCGCCACAAAUCAAUUGCAGUUUAGUUAUAUAUUCAAGAGGAUUUUGAUAUAAGAAAAUUUAAAGAAAGGGAGGGGAAAAAAGUAAAAAAAGUAAAAUAAAAAAAAAAGAAGCAUGAGAGAAAAGGCUGUUAUAUUCCAAGGAGAAGACGAAGAAGAAAGCAAGGAAAAUUGCAUGAAAAUCAUCAAUACCACAAUAUAAAAUUAGAUAAGUAUAUAUGUUUAUUAGAUGUUUAUUUUUACAUCAUUUUUUUGUUACAUGAAUUCUUCGUAUGUAUUUUCUUUGUUUUGUUAAU